AUGUCAGACACAGAAAUGGACGGCGGCGUCGCGCUAGGUGCUGUUUCCCCCACGCAUUCUCACCUCGUCGACGAAAUCAACGGAGGCGCCAUGGACGUUCACGCCAACGGCGCAGCUUCCGUCGCAGACUCGACCGUCUCCAGCCGACUCCCCAUCGCCGUGAACAAGCCCACGCCUUUUACUUUUGACCUGGGAAACCUGCUCGCAAACGACCCAAACCCCGUCCCUGCCAGCGCCGACGAAGCAACUCUCACUGCAACGGCCCGCGAUGCUGCACAGGCCCUCAUCAACCAGCUUCUCUCUACCUGCGAAAUCAAGUCAAACUCAGAGGGCGUGCACCUUGUCCUCCCUGCGCCAACCACACCUCUACCCCGCGAGAAGCCCAUCCCUACAGCGGCUGAGAAGACCAAGUGGGAGAAGUUCGCUGCGAAGAAGGGUAUCAAGGACAAGAAGCGCGACGGCAAGCUUGUAUACGACGAGGCUUCUGGCGAGUGGGUACCCAAAUGGGGUUACAAGGGCAAGAACAAGGAGGGUGAGAACGACUGGCUGGUCGAGGUUGACGAGAAGAAGGAAGCCAAGACAGGUACGGCCCACGAUGCGAGGGCGGAUAGUCGGAAAGAGCGAAAAGAGAGGAUCAGGCGCAAUGAGAGGAAGGAACGGGCGAACAGCAUCAAGUCUCGAAAGACUGGUGCGUAA